AUGGGGCAGCUGGUUCCCGUCUUCGCCGCUUACCUCCUGCUGUGUUUUGGGAUCCAAUAUUUCAGACGGCCGCGGGAAGUGGGUCCUGGCCCCUUAGUGUCGUCCUACAUCUUUAUGUUUGCUGCAUUCCUGUUACUCUGGGACAUCAGACUCUAUCCGAGUUCGUUGAGAAGGUUGGGUAUCAUAAGUCAGUGUAUUAUUGAGUUUCUUGUAGCUUCUUUUUUAUUCGAGAACAUCAUGGUAGAUUUCUGGUUUCCCCUGGAGCUGGUAGUCUUAGGCGCUUCAUGGGCACUAGCGGAUCUUCUCGAGGAGAUGCUGCAAAGCGGAAGCUGGACCUGCGAUGUGGUUUGCGAUGUACUAAGAACUGAAAAGUCCUCGUAUGCCGCCAGUUAUAUGCUCAGUUUGUUCUUCCUACUAGCAGUUCUUCAUGCGACAAGAGCCAUUGAUUUGAGGGAAUUAGAAAACGGCCCAGUAGCUUUCUUUGGAGACAUAGGAUACAGAACGAAAAGAUAUUUUAGAAGACAGAAGAAAUAUCUUGGAAUUGGAAUUAAAAAGAGGGUACAUAUAAGAGAAAAUAAAGACAGAAAUGCUAUAACAGCACCAUCAGGAUGCCCAUCAGAAAUUAGUUCUACGGGUAAAAACCGUGGCAAAAACAAUAACAAGAAUAGCAGUGGCAAUAAAAACAACAAAAGGAAAAGUCCAUGCGACAAUGAAUUUAAAACAUACCUUUAGCGAUUUUGAAUUGGCGCGUAAA